GGUGGUGAUGAUGAAUUUGACAGUGCACAUAGGCUAAAUUACAUGAAUCUUCAAUUUGACCCCGUCCAUCAAUUGUGUUUUACAAAGUUCAAAGCAAGCAUAAUACAGCCAUGAUUUAUGUACUGUCAAUACAGUUAGGGCCCAGCAGUAUUAUUGACAUUCCAUAUAUGACGUAUCAUGCUUAAUUUGUACUGUCAACACAGCUAGGAUCCUUCUAGCUCUAAAGACACAUUACACACGUCAUGAACGUAUUAUGCUUGCCAUGUUCUCUGUAAAAACACCAUUGAUGGAUGGGGGCAUAUGGAAAGUAAUCAUAAUUUAUUAAACUGUCAUACACUAUAUAUAUAUACAAAAGUAUGUGGACACUCCUUCAAAUUAUUGGAUUCGGCAAUUUCAGCCACACCGUUGCUGACAGGUGUAUAAAAUCGAGCACACAACCAUGCAAUCUCCAUAGUCAAACAUUGGUAGUAGAAUGGCACGUACUGAAGAGCUCGAUGACUUUCAAUUUGGCACCUCCAUAGGAUACCACCUUGGCAACAAGUCAGUUUGUCAAAUUGCUGCACUGCUAGAGCUGCACCGGUCAACUGUAGGUGCUGUUAUUGUGAAGUGGAAACGUGUAGGAGUAACAACGGCUCAGCCGCGAAGUGGUAGGCCACAAGCUCAAAGAACGGGGCCGCCGAGUGCUGAAGUCGCAUAGCCCAAAAAAACAUUUCUGUCCUCGGUUGCAACAUUCGCUACAGAGUUCCAAACUGCCUCUGGACAAUACAUCAGCACAAAACUGUUCGUCGGGAGCUUCAUGAAAUGGGUUUACAUGGCCCGAGCAGCCGCACACAAGCCUAAGAUCACCAUGCGCAAUACCAAGCAUCGGCUGGAGUGGUGUUAAGCUCACCGCCAUUAGACUCUGAAGCAGAGGAAAUGCGUUCUCUGGAGUGAUGAAACACUCUUCACCAUCUGGCAGUCCGACGGACGAAUCUGGGUUUGGCGGAUGUCAGAAGAACGCUACCUGCCCCAAUGCAUAGUGUCAACUGUAAAGUUUGGUGGAGGAGGAAUAAUGGUCUGGGGCUGGUUUUGGCGAGGCCUCUUAGUUACAGUGAAGGGAGAUCUUAACACUACAGCAUACAAUUACGUUCCAGACAAUUCUGUGCUUCCAACUUUCUGGCAACAGUUUUGGGAAGGCCCUUUCCUGUUUCAGCAUGACAAUGCCCCCAUGCACAAAGCAAAGUCCAUACAGAAAUGGUUUGUCGAGAUCGGUGUGGAAGAACUUGACUGGCCUGCACAGAUCCCUGACCUCAACCCCAUCGAACACCUUUAGGAUGAAUUGGAACGCCGACUGCGAGCCAGGCCUAAUCGCCCAACUUCAGUUCCCGACUUCACAAAUGCUCUUGUGACUGAAUGGAAGCAAGUCCCCGCAGCAAUGUUCCAACAUCCAGUGAAAAGCUUUCCCAGAAGAGUGGAGGCUGUUAUAGCAGCAAAGGGGGACCUACUUGGCAAAGCAGAAACAGACUUUCCAACAGGAGUUUUGGGAACAGCAGCAUACCAAGAGACAGACAGCCCAUAGACGUGGACCAAGAAGAUGUCUCUCCAUCAAGGCAUAUGGAUAUUACAAGUGAUGAGCAGUCAGCAGAGACAGAGGAAGGGGAACCAGACCUGUUGAUCAUCAAGGUGGAGGGAGAAACAGAUGACCAGGAAUCUAGGUCCAGACACCCAGCCAGAACAGUGGAGGGCAGCAGAGAGCUAACCACCCAACCGGCUGCAGCCACCACAGAGGACCCCGCCUUCCAGUCUAGUGGCCCCAGAGGCAACAACUACAACAACACUGCUAUGGAGGCCAAAUCUACUGUGGAAGGGGAGAGAGACCUCCAGCCAUGGAAGAAAGAAGAGGGUCUGAGGGAGAUGCCAGGCACUGAUAGUGGCCACAGAAUGACAGACCCAAACACACAGACCUCUCUAGACACGGACCAAACAGAGCUCACUGAGCAGCUCAGAACCAAACACAGCAUAGUGACUGUCAACAGAUCAGACACUGUUUUCAAGUCAGACCCGGAGCCUGAGAGCCUGAGCCAGGUGUUCCAACUCACAGGUCCAGGACCUGUUGCUAAACAGCAGCGCAGCCUAAACCCCGAGAGAACAACCGAUCUGCCUGUAAACUCCCGUAAGCAAAGAGUCAGUGAUACAGCGAAUGAUCGGCCAUCUUGUUCUAGUUAUGCUGCCGAGACAGUCUCAGGAAGCCCCUCGCCUCUCAAAAAGUUGAACCCCAUUCCCCCACUUCCUCAGAUGGUGAGGGGUGAACACGAGUAUUCCCAGGGCGGUUCAGGGGUCAAGUCUGAGGUCAUAGUUAUUGACCCCCUCCAUGUUGACGAGGGGGAAGAUGGGGAUGGCACGCCCUCCUCGUGGAGACAAGGUGACAUCAUGGAACACCGGCAUCAUCAAGGAGGACAUAGUGAAGCAGAUGCCAUGCUUCUUGGAGGACAUUCGAGUAACACUUAUCAUCAUCCUCACCCAGGUGUCCAGCCAGCAGCAAGACAGAACUCACCUGACAAUCACUUCUACACCAUUGGCAUGGACGGCGCUUUCAACAACCGCCUCGGCACCUUUCAGAACCCCGCAGCCACCGCUCCAUUGGCCGAGGGUACCGGGGAGCUGCAGUACCCCACCUGGGUGGAUUUCGAGGGGAGCGCCCCCGACACCCACCUGGGCGACAUGACUGGGACUCAUCAGGACAGAGGGUCUAGGGAGGAGGGGGCGAGGUCCUACAGGUGCACCUUCUGCGGGAGGGAGUACCCUCACCUGUGCCAACUCAAGAUGCACCAGAGGGUCCACACGGGGGAGAAACCGUACGAGUGUGCCCUGUGUGGGAAGCAGUUCAGCCAGCUGUGCGGCCUGAAGCGGCACCAGAGAGUACACACAGGGGAGAAACCUUUCAGAUGCGCUCAAUGCGGGAAACAAUUCUCUCAUUCCAGCAACCUGAAAGUGCAUCAGAGUGUCCAUACAGGGGAGAAACGGUUCCACUGCACCCAGUGUGGAAAAAACUUCUCCUUUCUGAGCAAUCUGAUAAGACACCAGGCAGUUCACGCAAGGAAAUGAUAUGUUGUAUUGAUUUGCUGUGUUGAUUUAGGAAUGUUUUUUUCUGAAUUGAUUGGAAAUUGAAUGAGGUGUGUGAUUGCUCUGGCUAAAUGCCUCAACUCUGAAAUGUUCGACUUGUUAGUUAUACACGAUUUCAACCAGUUAGCAAGUUGGAGAUUUCCGAGUUUCCCAGUUCCGACUAGCAUGUACACGCGGCAUUAAAAGUCGCGUUACCUGUUCUUUGUAUUCAUACUUUGCGUUCUCUUUUUUCUCCUCUAACUAUUAUUUUGUAUUCUGGAGCAAAUUGUAAUGAAAAGAAUGACUCAAUGUUUGCUGCAUAUUGUUAUAUUUGUUCAACAUAAAGUUCAACUUUUUAUUAUUCAAAUUCCUACAGUAUUUGUGUAGUGUUGAAAAUAAUCAGGUCAAAAUAAGAUUGUCACAAGGAACAUGCUUGUGUUAAAGUUUAAACGUUUUUUGGGAUGUUUUGAGAAAUAAACCAACUCAUGGGAAAUGAGAAGAA